UGAUCACUACAGAUAACUCCGGAUCACUUUCUGUCUUAUCUGUCAAGAAAGCAAACAUUAUCACUGAAAGCCGGGUCUUCCUCUUCGUAUAUUUUCACGUUUUGUAUUCAUGUUUUGUAUUCAGUUCACUUUUACUAAGAAAGGCUGAAAAUGUUUCGUUUGUUCUUCUUGAUGACUUUGGCCAUUUUCUUGGCCGUUUCCCUUGGAACUUCGCAGAACAAUUCUUCACAUCAGGUAACGUCAAAGCGACAGAUUAUUCAAUAUUGCACUUUCGGAGCGGUCAACUAUUCUGACUGUUCCCGAGAAUAGAAGUUUAACAUCGAAUGCGAUUUCCUAAACUUCACAACUGCUUCUUCUAGGGUUUACUCUACUUUUCAACUGAGACCUCUUUACUCUUGUGUGGCGCAGUGAAAGCUAUCAUGAUGUUUUUAUUAGCCCGCCUUGUGAAUCAGUAGAUAUUAGUCCUUUCUUCAUAUCCUCUUUAGUUUGCUAUAUCUUGCAAUUCAUUUUUGUUCAUGAAAUUGGUGGAGAGGACAUAAUGUAGCAAAAAACAUGUACAAUUUUAGUUUCUGAAUCAAAAUAACAAAGUUAAAAGCAGCAUGCACGCAACUUCCAAGCCUGUCCACAGCGAGCAAGUGAUUUGGCGAACAAACUUCACCCACCCCUCUAUUUUAAAUUCUUCCGCGGUUUUCAUUUUCAUACGCGGGCUCGACGAUCUGUGGUCUGCAAAGCCGUUCAUUAUUGCGUGACUACACCAAGAACGGCUUGCAACUUCCGCAAAUAGGCCGGAAAUUGACCGCUUGGUACCAGUCUGCUAUCAGAGUGAAAGUAACGCCUUUCGAAUAAUUUUCCUAGCACUGGGAGUUUUUGCAAAAAGGUUGAAGUGCGUAUGGUGUAUGGGAUUAGAUUUUUUCAAAAUUAUUUACGUGGUUCAGCUUUGCUUCUCCAUAAUAGCCUACCAUACGAGCGCCUUAAUUUUUUUGCUUUGUUCGCUCGGUUGUCGAUAAAUCACUUUUGGACCCUAUUGUAAUUGCAAAAUGUCGCCCCAGUCGCCGCAGUAAAAAGAAAGGUGAGUUUUACUAGUUGGUCACUUUCAUUACAAAUUUAUUGGUAGUUAUGUGUUGCUUUAAGGUUCCUUUGACGUAUUACACGUAAAACUUUGUGUACAAUGAUACUUGGAAAUUAUAUAAUAGUUGAACGAGAGAAUUUGUUUCUUGUUUGUGUUCGGUACAAAAUCUAAUAUAUCACCUUUGCCUUUUAAAAUUAAAAGAAAGUGCACUAUCGCGUCGCUGAAAAAUGAACAUGUUUUACUUCCGUAGUAAAACGAAGACUGCGGACCAGGGGUAAACAGGGGCUAGCCAGGAUUUUUUCGGAGGUACACACUAUUCUCCAAAUCGCUUUGCCCACAACCCCACCGACCCCGCCCCCCUCAAAAAAACUUCCUUGAUUAAAGAUUUGGUUACGUUGUAAGCCUAAGAGUUUUUUCUGCAUAUAAAAUGACAUAAGCAACUUAUUAAAUACUUUGUCGCAUGUUUGGGUCCAUUGACUGAUGCAGGUCAAUCAUCUAUCAUACAAUAAGGCUGUGGAAUCCGGAUAAUUUUGUUAGUGGGUUUGUUUUGUCAUUUUUAAGCAAAUGCAGCGCAUUAAUCCAAAUUGAAAAGGUGCUGAUUUGGGCAAGUCUCUAUAGAUUUUAAAGCAGAAAUCUAAAGUGAAUCAGAAGCCUUGUAAAUUUGCAAUGUUUUGUAGUGUAAACAAUUUCUCCAAUUUAUUUGGAUACCGGUACUUUUCCGCAUUUGAUCAUAUGAGUUGCAGUAAAACCGAAAUGGAACUGUCACUUUCAUGACUAUAGAGAGCCUUAGCAACGAUGAAGGCAAGGGCAAGGAAAACGUCCCUAGCUAUCAAAAUAUGUGUUCGUUUUUUUAAAAAAACUUUUUUGCGUUUAUUUCUGUCAACUCUCUUUAUUGGCAAAUGUAGGUGAACUUCCCUACGGAGUCUUGGGGACCACACCCAAAUUCGGACUCAUUUGUCCCUGUGUUUACUUCCUCAGCUCGAAACAUUGUCCCAGAAGGAAAUUUACGGUUGUGUUCCUACAGGUUGUAAAGAAAAGCAUGCUGGACGUGUACAAUUUGUGGUUUUUCAUUUACUUGUUGAUCUCAUUGCCAUCGCCAUCACCAUUGCCUUCGUUACAUAGUUACACAUACAUAUAACUUUAUUUGAACUCGGAUUUAGAAUAGCUUGAGAGAGCUAGUAUCUAGGCGUAUAAUAAUAUUUACGAAAUGCAAUAAAAUAGAUAAGUAUGAAAGUAUAAAAUUGCUACGCAUGCACAUAUUAUUAGUCUCAUGUUAAGAAAAAAUAUCUACACAGUAAUAUUAUGAAUAGCACACUUAAAAGUAAUGAGAGAUUCAGAAGUUCUUAUGUUAUCAGGCAGUGAUUUUUUCCAUACUUGGGGAGCAGCAUGUCCGAACGAUUGUAAUCCAUAGGAGGUUGUUGUAAAUUGUGGUAGAUUCAAUUUUAGGGUACCUCUGAGGUUGUAUGCUGUUGUUCAUUCUUUCAGUAGUGAUCUGAGAUAUGGUGGAGCAAGUCCAUAAAGAGUCUUGUACGUAGUGACUAGCAUGUUCCGAACACGAGAAGAUUCACGAUUCACAGACCCUAUUAAUUUAAGUAAAGUUUCAUAGUCAAGAUUACUAUUCAGAAACAUCCUUAAUAAAGCCUGCUUAUUGAGUUGUUCUGAAUUGUCUUUACUACACUUGCUACAAAAGUGCCAAACAUCACUACAGUAAUUAAAAGCAGGUAAAUUAUGACCAUGUUAAGAAACCAUUAGGGGCACCCAGAGACUGUAGACUUUGUAGGUCUUUGACAAGUAAUAGUUAUUCAUUGUUCACGAAAAAAAAAAACAUUUUAAGGUCAUUUAAUAUAUCAUGGAUAAUGGAAAAAAAAUUUCUUUGUUUCACAACUAUCAUGACUGGCAUACUGACCACAGUUCAUAGCUUUUGAUUUUUUACAAUCACAAAUCAUGGCAAAUAAAUACAUCCCAUCAAUUUCAAGUCUGCAAUUUGAUGAUUUGAUGCCCUGAACGAAAGAGAAGAGAAUUGUCGGAAAAAAUGCCUUUCAACAAAAGAAAAAGAAACAUUAUUAAAAUUUUACCCCACGUUAGCACUACUGAGCCUUUAAACAAGUGGGCCAGACACAUAUAGAUAAAUCUGCAGAUUGAUUAAUUUAAUAAUAUUAUUUAGCAUAUCAGAGAGUUCUUGCAUUAUUGUUGUUUAAGUAUUAUUUUUUGUACCUUGCGUGAGUUUUCAGGCCUAAUAUAUUUCAUGGAGAUGUUAAUUUUGUUUCAUCUAGGUGAAUGGAUCCACAGAAAAACUGAAGAAUUGUGCAGUUGUGUCACAAGUCAAUUGCUGUAAAGAAGGUAAUUUGCAAGAGAAAAAUCUCAAAAAAAAUGAAACAUUGCUGUGCUCAUAUCAAAAGGCUUUUAAAUUUGUAACCUAGCUGUAACAUGCAAUAAUAGGGCUCCCUGGAGUUUUCAUUUGGGUGCACAAAGCACCUUGGGUAAGAAAAUUUGGUUAUCUAUGCAUCCAAAAAAUUUUGGUAGUGACAAAAUUGUCCGUACAUCCACGUAACCCUUCAUGUUAGCAGAUAACCCUUACUAACUAGGAGCCCAGGCCAAGGCACACACUAUCUGUGUUAAACUUGACAGUUAAUUGACAGCUGUCAAAAAAGAGUAUGUGCUGACCAGUGUGUCACUUGACUAUAUCAUGGGCUCAGGUAUACAACUCGUUGAAGUGACAUAUUUUUUAAAGUUAUCCACUGACCACUUAUUGGUUUUCAAUUGAUCGUGGGAUCCAUUUUUUGAGGUAGAAUUUAGUACAUUGUAAUCCAGUUUGCUUUCUGUUUAUGGCAAAUGCUGAAUCACUUGAGAAAAAAAAUUCUUAAAAGAUCCCUCUGAUUGAGAGCUUCGCCUUCACUAAAAGUAUAUAUUAUUUAAAGUGACCAGACCUUAUUUGAUACUCAUUUAAGGAGGGCACUUUAAUACCCACCAUUAAUUAAUAAUAUUUAACAAUUUUUAUUGUUGUCAAGGUGGGAUAGGUAUGGGGCCCAGGGGUGGGGGCAGAAAACUUGUUAAGUUUUUUGCUGAACAAACUGCAGAAAGCUCAAAAAGGAUGCUUUAAAUAUAAGAACUCUAACUGCAAGAUAGUGCAGAGAUUUUUUAGUUCAGCUUUGUUUAAGUAGGUUGCUGUAUUUUUUUAUUAUUUGAAGAGAGAACCGAUGGGAGAAAUUAGAAGUUUCCUAUACUAUAAAACCACAUUAACCUAUUCACUCCUGGAACUUUUGCUGACAACUGCCCGUAGAGGCUGGGCUGUUUUCUGAACACUAUAUCUGGCCAUUAAGAAGCAAAACCACCCAAAAUGUUGUUCACAAGUCAAAAACAAUGCUCUUAGUUUUGUUUCAGUGCUAUAACAUAUUACAGCAGUGCUAUGCAAUGGCUGUCAAAGUUUGGGCAUGUGUAGAAGCCAACAUUUUUUUGGAAUAAAGAGUUUUUUAAUCACCCCCUAGACUGAUGGAGUUUUCCUUUGCUUUCUCUGGCCUCCUUGUGUUGCUUUUGGACAAGAAAGUCUCACUCACUCCCUUAAGUAGCUAUAAAUGGGCAUCAAAUUUGAUGACAGAAUGAUAUAUUUGAUUAUUGUGUAUUAAAUUAUUAUAGGAAGAGAUGGCCGUGAUGGACGAGAUGGACGUGACGGAGCAGGUGGAGCUAAGGUUGAUAAUUUUUAACUUAAUGUUAUUAUAAGUUUUUUCCCCUGAGGUAGAUGGUCCGAGUUGCAACUUUCAUUUCAUUGUCUGCAGUAUUUUGUACACACAUAUACUGUAUAUUUAGCAAUUAUUGAAUGUCAGACUGAGUCGGAUGUGAAGAAUUAUGCAGAUCAAGGAGGAUGUUAUCCACCGAAGCUGGAGGCCGAGGUGGAUAACAUCCUCUGAGACUUGCAUAAUUCUUCACAUCACACAAAAGCCCAAUGGCCUUUUAACUCCGAUCCCCCCUUGUGACAAUUACAUCAUGCCUUGUUGUGACUGGCCCAUUUCUCUAGGAAGGCAAAACAUGAAAAUCGAGCUCUAUAAUUAAUUCUAUCACUUAUUCUGUCUCCAAAUAUGUAGUCUGUUGCUUUCUUGUAUUUUGAAAAAUCAGAAAUAUCCAAGUGGAAUGCUUUUACAUCGAGAAGACAAAUAAAGUUGCUGAUGAAAUGGCUCAAGCGAAUUUGAUGUAAAAGCAUACCGCUUAACCAAUUAUGAGCUUGAUGAGAGUGUCGUAGUUCCAUGAGGAGUGGAAGAAGGUGUGUUUUUUGUUUGUGUGGCUUUUUUCGUUUAGGGUGAAAAGGGUGAGGUGGGGAUGCCUGGACAAGAUGGGAAAGCUGGUAUUAAGGUACAGUAAAUAAUUUGUGCUUCACUAUUAGCUUAACACUUUGCACUGAGGGGGAACAAGAACUUUGAAACCAUACCGAAAUUAGCGGCAGUCAGUCAAACAAGCCAGAGAAAAAUGGAAAACCCAACCAUAUGUUAAGCUAACGGAAACCUCCAAUGAAAAUCUUGUUCCACAGUUUCUGCUUGUAUUCCUUUGAAAUAAUUUAAGAUUCUUGGGACUUCGCAGAAACCUUUCCCACAAAAAUGAUUCCACUUCCCGUAAAUGCUGAGCAAAGGAGAAAACAAAAGAAAACAGGUAAAGAAUAAAUUCAUAACAGUCAAUUAAACGGGCAGAGGCGAAGCCAACACAGUGCUCAACUUGAACUCAAGAUUUUGGGCAGUUUUCUUUCUUUUUGGCUGGAUAGUGACCAGAAAAUUUGUUUAACUAGCUUUAAGGGAAUGCCAGCUGAAGAACCUCUAUAAACUGGGUUCCAAGCGGCCUCUAAAUUUGAAAUACUGAGUGGAAUCCUAGCUUCUUUUUCUAAACCCUCGGUUUCUCCAUGCAACCCUUCAAUCAUUGGAGCCGGCAAAACUGUCCUCUUUCCCCCAUUGUAAUGUUAGCCUUGGUUAUCUGAACCUGCCAAUCCAUUUAAUCAUGGAUAAAACAUUUUGAACAGCUAUAGAAACACUUAUUGAUGUGGUACUAAGCGGCCUUAGUUUCUUUGAAAUAAUUCCAGUCAUUAUAGCCGAGUUUGCUUUCAACUUGUAAAGUGAAACUAGCAUAAUGAAAUAUCACAGAGGUACAGUUAGUUAAUUGCUUAAACUGAUUAAUGUAAUCCUUGCUACGACCUACUGUUUUCAGUGAUUUUCCUUUUAAACGGUGCCGCAGGGACGCAGGACAGGGACAGUCAAUUAUGUUAUUCUACCACUUAACUCGUUUUAAAUUUCUUACACAGUGUUAUAGUGCUCAGCCAUAAAGUGAACAACAAUGAUUAUUGGUGUUUGCAGUUGAUUUUGGAAACUAUCCAAUAAUACUGACGAGUUUGAUUUUAAGAAAAAAUAAAGGGUAAAUAAGGCUGGCAGUUGGGGGAACCAGCACUUGACAUAGAUCGUUCAUAUGUGUGUUUAUUUUUACCUUUUCCACAUUCAGUUACGUUUUUGUCUUCUUUUGUUAAUUUAUUCUCAAAAAAUAAUAACAAAUUUUAUCACGGUUCAGUUUAUUUGGCUUGUUAACCGAAAUUAGUACAGCCAAUACUGAAAAUGAAAUAUUUUAAGUAAAAAGACAGACCAUCGACCACCUAAGCUUUGCACAGAUAUCCAUGUGUGAAUCAGAUCAGAAACUGACUUGUUUCAUGGGCUAUAUUAAUUUACUGGAAUUACCUAAAAGAGGACAUACGAGAAAAAUGAAACAGUGAACAUUUGUUUACAUAAUUGCAUUUUCCUAUCUAAUUAACUUGCUAACUUCUACCAUUUUCCAUCUGGGUGAGAAGGGACCUCAUGGAGACAAAGGAUUACAAGGAGAGAAAGGAAUGCCUGGAACGUGUGAUGCUAAGGUCUGGCGCUGGUCUUAUACUUCAUGCAAAUAAUGCUUUAACUUGUUCUGCCCGUACUAAAUAUAUAAUCUCUUCUCGGCUUAAGAUUUUCCGGGAAACUUUACUUUUUGAGGGUUUUUUCCUCUUAAAAAGUAAUAAAGUUAUUGAUAGCUAGCAAAAAAUAGAUGUUGUGAUUUUGAAUUUGAUAUCUCCUAUUAGAAAUUCAGAAUUUGGCUUCCGAACGCGAAGGCGGAUAUGGGCAUUGUUACCUUUUAAUUUGUUACGCGUUAUCACACCAGACGGUUAUUUGUUUUCCAAAAUCUGGAAAAACUCAUAUGGAACCUAAUAUGGUUUACCAGAAUUUGAUGAGAAAGAGCCAAAAUCUUUGUGUAUCCUUGAUUUUCUUUGAGGACAGUAAAACCGUUACUUGCCUUAGUGGGGCUAACAAUUUAGCUCAUUUAUGAUGUCACUUACCGAAGUUAAGAAAAGCUAAGGUGGAAAUUAAAGAUUUAAAGAAUAAGAUAAAAGAAAAUGACUGAUUGAUAAGGUUAACCUGCGUUUAACUAUCUAGCGAGGUGCGUUAAAGAAACCUAACCUGGUUGAGAAAAUCUAUUGUUCUUGCUUGAUUUGCAUAACCCGGUUAGAACUCGAUUAAGACUUCAGAAAACCCGGCCACACUCAGUAACGCGCAAUUUUUAUAACGUUUCGUUUCCCUUUUUUCUGUUAUGCAUUUUAGAGCUUAUCGUCUACUGCAUCAACUUGCUGUUCAGCCGGUAAGAACAUUUGAAUUAUUUAUUGUGGCACCCGGUAAUGCCACUUUCACAUUUUUUUAGAGACUAAGAAAUUUCAUUUAAAUGUAAGUGAGAGGAAAAGAUCAGUUUGGAAGACGGAAACGAGUGAUCUUAUAUGGUGAAUCAAAUUAUACAGUCGAACCAUUCUACAACGGCCAUCUUGGUUACGGAGAUAAGAGGCCAUUGUAGAAAGACGAGUCAGCUUCGAGUGGCCUUUGAGACCAGUACUUUCUUUUGGAAAAGGGUAGAAAAUUUGUAGUUUUUUAAACUACAGAUUAAUCUAUAUAGGUUAAUUAAACAAAAACAAUAAAAAAUAAAGUUAACUAAGCAAAGGGAAGAAGGUACAGGAAUAUAUCAGUUGGUGCUUCACUCGCUUUUAAAUGGCCGUUUUAGAGAGAUUAACCCUUUAAGCCCUAAGAGUGAUCAGCAUCAAAUUUCUCCUUGUACUAUUAAUGCUUUGUAAAACAGAGUGAUCAUGAGAAUUACGGACACGAUCACACAAGAUGAAUUUGAUGGAUAUUUUAUCAACUUCUCCCCACUACUUCUGUAGGAAAUGGAUAGCGGCAACAAAUGAGAAUUCAUAUUUUGAUCUUAGGGUUUAAAGGGUUAAAACGAAAGUGGAUUUACUGGUUGUCCGCCGGGACAGAAGAAGGUGGCCACUAGAAGAGGUUCGACUAGAUUUUUAUGAUAAUUGUUUAAUAAAAGUGAAAGCCUAAAAUGUGCCAAAGUUGUUAUUGUUUCAAAGUCGAGUACCAUCCUUUUCUAUAGCGGAAUCCAUAGUAAACCUCUAAAAUUAUGUGACAAAUCGCGAAGAUCUGAGUAGGCACUUUCCACAGACGUUAAACAAAUUCGCCUCGUUGGCACUUGCCGGAAGGUACCCCUGGUAGUCCUUCCUAAUUCUUCCUAAUUCCUGAACUUAGAACUGUUUCUGGUUUCAAGAAAUACGACCUGAUUACUGACUAUUUUAAUAUUCUCACUAGUAGCAUUCACUAAUAUACCCACUAUUUUUUAAAUAUUCUAGCUUUCAGUUUCUAGGCACGAUUAAUCCCCGUGGAAAUGACAAACGCCUGUUAAGUCCGAUUUAUGUGUGGUUCAAUUUUAACCCCUUCUGUGUCUCCCGACAACCCCCGGGGAUUUGUUGGAAGUGGUCUUGUCUCAUGGGGUGGGGACGGGGCAAAUCGACAAUAACUUUAAGUAGUUUGUAAGACAAGUGAAAGAAGUCGGACCGAUCUGAAGUGGCUCACCGUGAAUGGUAGACCGCUUUUAAAUGAUCUAGUAAUGGUUCAUAUGUAUAUUCAAGACCAGAUACCCAGCUAUCUCAUUGAAACAUUUAUUCAGCGUUCGAAGAUUCACGACAGAAACGCUAGACACAGUCAAGGAGUGGCGAAUUAGAUUUACCAAUCUGUAGGCUGAAUACAGGAAAGCGAUUAUUUGCUUUGCGAGGUGCAAAGCUGCAUAACAAUCUCCCAAACGAGAUUAAGCAAACUUCUGAUAUGAAGUUUAACGCAAAAGUCUUUAAUUAUUUGUUAAGUUUGUGAAUGUCUAGAUUCUUAGUAUAUUAUGCAUUUUAAUAUUCUUUUUUUAAGUUUUAAUAAUGGAAUAUUUCUAUAACUAGUUUUUAGUAUUGACAGUGGAAGAACCCUUGUCAGAAAAGAAAGAUUCGGCUGGAUGAAACAAGUUUGUAAUACAGUGUCACUAAAACUGGGCCUGAUCUUGGGGUAUUUUGUUGUUUUUUUGUUAUCAGUUGUAACAAGAAAUGAAUUUACUAUAUUCUUACUUUGUGUUUCUGAUUUGAUGAAGAUUGCUCCUCUGGUUUCCACUUCUUUGAGAAAGUUCAAGAUCUUCCAAGCCAAGGAGCAGUGUACGUGGAUCAAUUCACUAUUGAUGGUAACCUGUUUCUUGCUUUUGCCAACCAUUAUGGGGACAUUAGGAAAGGGAAGACGAGCUCCAAAAUCUACAAGAUGGACGAGUUGACAGGAAAAUUUUCCCUAUACCAGACCCUACAGACUAGAGGAGCCAGUUGCCUUGAGCACUUUUCAAUCGCUGGUAAACAUUUCGUUGCUGUUUCUAAUGUGUUCGAUGGAACAUAUCAGCUGGACUCUACAAUUUAUCAAUGGAAUGGAAAGCUGUUUGUCGACUUUCAGAAAAUAUCUACUUACGGAGCAACCCACCUCACCUAUUUCAAGAUAAGUGGCGAAACUUAUCUCGUUUUUGCAAACAACUAUGAUGGAAGUACCUAUUCAACGAAAUCAGUAGUCUACAAAUGGAGCAGCAACAAAUUUAUUAAGUUUCAGGAAAUACCAACUGAAGGUGUUCAUGGAUGUACGGCAUUUGUCAUAAACAACGACACUUUUAUUGCUUUUGCAAAUCAUUACAACUCCCAACACAAGUAUUCUGUUCAGUCUACUGUGUUCAAGUGGACUGGGGGACACUUUGUCAAACUGCAGUCUAUUCAGACAUAUGGUGCCCGAGACGUGAGGUCCUUUAACAUCAACGGUCACACUUUCCUCGCUUUUGCCAACUUUUAUUCUGGAAGUAAAUACAACAGCGACUCCUUCAUUUAUAAGUGGAAUGGAAACACGUUCGUCCUGUUCCAGUCCAUUCCUGGUCGAGGUGGUAUUGCAUGGUUCCCAUUUGUGAUCAGUGGUCGCACGUACCUGGGUUUAGCUAAUCACAAUGGUGACGGUCAGGGAAAAAGCGUUAAGUCGGUUGUGUACCAGGCCUUUGGAGCGCAGUUCGUCAAGUACCAAGAGAUUCCGACACAUGGAGCGCAUGAUUUGACGUCAUUUGAGUACAAAGGUCAUACUUAUCUGGCAGUUGCAAACUACUGGAACCAGAAAUUUAACACUAACAGCGCCCUGUACAAAUGGGUGUAGAGCAUUAAAUAUCAGGAUCGAAGCUGAUUAACGAGAUUUUGCGUAGUGAAUAACGUAGUAAUAAACAUUUCAGUUGCUAAAGUAAGAAAUAAGAGGAACUUUCAGGGUAACACUGUUUAUCUAUGGUGAAAAGGCUAGGGGUCUUUAUGCCAAAGGAAUGAUGAAAUAAUGACAUAUUUGCAGUUGAUUUAGUGGGAAAAGUUAGAAAGCAAAUUUUGCUUUAUUUUUUCGGCGAGUAGUUAAAAUAAAGAUGUG